CAGCCGGAGCGGCGGAGGCUCCAGCCAUAAACAAGCGCCCGGAGGAGCGGCGCGGGAGAGAGGCGAGCCGGGCGCGCGGAGCGGACGCCGCGGACCUUCUGCUGUGCUACCGCGCCCACUCGGCGGCUCGGGAGGCGGGGACCGGCCCGGAGGCUGCGCCGCCGUCCGUCUUCACCCGGCGACCAGGAGCCUAGCGGAGGACCAGGGGGAGCCACUAGCCCUGCUCCGGAGCGGAGCGCAGCCACCGCCGCCGCCAGAAGUUUGGGUUGAACCGGAGCCGCGGCGAGGAAACUUUUUUUCCCCCUCUUUUCCCCCUCCCGCCCGGGAGGAGAAGGAGGAGGAGGGGAAGCCACCCGCCACCGCUGCCGCUGGCGCCAACGCUCGUGGGCUCCGGGUCGGCGCGGCCCGCAGGGGCGGCGGGGGCCUCGCCCCGCGAGGGGAGGAGCGCCCCGGGGGCCCCGAGGGGGGCACGGGGACCGCGGGCUGCGGGUGCGGCGGCGGCGCGUGUGCCCCGCGCAGGGGAGGGCGCCCGCCCCGCUCCCGGCCCGGCUGCGAGGAGGAGGCGGCGGCGCAGGAGGAUGUACUUGGUGGCGGGGGGCAGGGGGCUGGCCGGCUGCGGGCACCUCUCGGUCUCGCUGCUGGGGCUGCUGCUGCUGCUGGCGCGCUCGGGCACCCGGGCGCUGGUCUGCCUGCCCUGUGACGAGUCCAAGUGCGAGGAGCCUCGGAGCUGCCCGGGGAGCAUCGUGCCGGGCGUCUGCGGCUGCUGCUACAUGUGCGCCCGCCAGAGGAACGAGAGCUGCGGUGGAGCCUACGGGCUCCACGGAGCCUGCGACCGGGGGCUGCGCUGUGUCAUCCGCCCCCCGCUCAAUGGCGACUCCAUCACCGAGUACGAAGUGGGCGUCUGCGAAGAUGAGGACUGGGACGAUGACCAGCUGCUUGGUUUUGAACCAUGCAAUGAAAAUCUUAUCUCGGGCUGCAACAUAAUCAAUGGGAAGUGUGAAUGUGACACCAUCCGGACCUGCAACAAUCCCUUUGAGUUUCCGAGGAAGGAUAUGUGCCUUUCAGCAUUAAAAAGGAUCGAAGAAGAGAAGCCAGAUUGCUCCAAGGCCCGCUGCGAAGUGCAGUUCUCUCCACGUUGUCCCGAAGAUUCCAUUCUGAUCGAGGGCUAUGCUCCUCCCGGGGAGUGCUGUCCUUUACCCAGCCGCUGCGUGUGUGACCCUGCGGGCUGUCUGCGCAAAGUCUGCCAGCCGGGAUACCUGAACAUUCUAGUGUCAAAAGCCUCAGGGAAGCCGGGAGAGUGCUGUGACCUCUAUGAGUGCAAACCAGUUUUCAGCGUGGACUGCAGCACCGUGGAGUGUCCCCCUGUCCAGCAGGCCGUGUGCCCCCUGGACAGCUAUGAAACUCAAGUGCGGUUCACAGCGGACGGCUGCUGUACCCUGCCAGCAAGAUGCGAGUGUCUCUCUGGCUUAUGUGGUUUCCCCGUUUGUGAGGUGGGAUCUGCUCCCCGAAUAGUCUCUCGUGGAGAUGGGACACCUGGAAAGUGCUGUGAUGUCUUUGAAUGUGUUAAUGAAACAAAGCCAGCCUGCGUGUUCAACAGUGUGGAGUAUUCCGACGGAGAAAUGUUUCGAAUGGACAACUGUCGCUUCUGUCGAUGCCAAGGGGGCGUCUCCAUCUGCUUCACCGCGCAGUGUGGGGAACUGACCUGCGAGCGAUACUAUGUGCCUGAAGGGGAGUGCUGCCCCGUGUGCGAAGAUCCCAUCUAUCCUUUUAACAACCCUGCUGGCUGCUAUGCCAAUGGCCAGAUCCGCGCCCACGGGGACCGGUGGAGGGAAGAUGACUGUACCUUCUGCCAGUGCAUCAACGGAGAACCUCACUGUGUGGCCACGGCCUGUGGGCAGAGCUGCAUGCACCCCGUGAAAGUGCCUGGGGAGUGUUGCCCAGUGUGUGAAGAACCAACCUACAUCACGAUUGAUCCACCUGCGUGCGGGGAGUUAUCAAACUGCACUCUGAAAGAGAAGGACUGCAUUUAUGGCUUCAAACUGGAUCACAAUGGCUGUCGAACCUGUCAGUGCAAAAACAGGGAGGAACUGUGCUUAGGCCUUAAAAAGGCCUGCACCUUGGAUUGUCCCUUUGGCUUCCUCACCGAUGUCCACAACUGUGAGCUCUGUCAGUGCCGCCCACGGCCCAAGAAGUGCAGACCCACAAUGUGCGACAAGUUUUGUCCGCUUGGAUUCCUGAAGAAUAAGCAUGGCUGUGACAUCUGUCGCUGUAAGAAAUGUCCAGAGCUGCCAUGCAGUAAGAUCUGCCCCUUGGGCUUUCAGCAGGACAGCCAUGGCUGCCUUAUCUGCAAGUGCAGAGAGGUCCCUACUUCAGCCGGGCCACCUGUCCUGUCAGGCACAUGUCUGUCCAUGGAUGGCCAUCAUCAUAAAAAUGAGGAAAGCUGGCAUGAUGGGUGCCGGGAAUGCUACUGUCACAGUGGAAGGGAAAUGUGUGCCCUCAUCACCUGCCCGGUGCCUGCAUGUGGCAACCCCACCAUCCGUCCUGGACAGUGCUGCCCAUCAUGUGCAGAUGACUUUGUCGUGCAGAAGCCAGAGCUCAGCACUCCAUCCAUUUGCCACGCACCCGGAGGAGAGUACUUCGUGGAAGGGGAAACUUGGAACAUUGACUCCUGCACACAGUGCACCUGUCACAGUGGCCGGGUGCUGUGUGAGACGGAGGUGUGCCCACCACUGCUCUGCCAGAACCCCUCACGCACCCAGGACUCCUGCUGCCCACAGUGUACAGAUGAACCUCUUCAGCCUUCCACAUCCCAUAAUGAGAGCGUGCCUAGUUACUGCAAAAAUGAUGAAGGGGAUAUAUUCCUGGCAGCUGAGUCCUGGAAGCCUGACGUUUGCACCAGCUGUGUGUGCAUGGAUAGCGUAAUUAGCUGUUACUCUGAGUCUUGCCCUUCCGUGUCCUGUGAAAGACCUGUUUUGAGGAAAGGCCAGUGUUGUCCCUACUGCCUAGAGGACACAGUUCCAAAGAAAGUGGUGUGUCACUUCAGUGGGAAGACCUAUGCUGACGAGGAGCGCUGGGACAUUGACAGCUGCACACACUGCUACUGCCUGCAGGGCCAGACCCUCUGCUCGACUGUCAGCUGCCCCCCACUGCCCUGCACUGAGCCCAUCAAGGUGGAAGGAAGUUGCUGCCCGAUGUGCCCAGAAAUGUAUGUUCCAGAGCCAACCAAUGUACCCAUCGAGAAGAAAAAUCACCGGGGAGAGAUUGACCUGGAGGUCCCCUUGUGGCCCACCCCAAGUGAAAAUGACAUCAUCCAUCUCCCAAGAGAUCUGGGUCACCUCCAAGUGGACUACAGAGAUAAUAACAGGCUGCACCCGACUGAAGACUCAUCACUGGACUCCAUUGUCUCGGUUGUGGUCCCCAUAAUAAUAUGCCUCUCCAUCAUAAUAGCAUUCCUGCUCAUCAACCAGAAGAAACAGUGGGUACCACUGCUGUGCUGGUACCGGACACCAACUAAGCCUUCUUCCUUGAAUAAUCAGCUGGUAUCUGUGGACUGCAAGAAAGGCACUCGCGUCCAGGUGGACGGUUCCCAGAGAAUGCUAAGAAUUGCUGAACCAGAUGCACGAUUCAGUGGCUUCUACAGCAUGCAGAAACAGAACCAUCUACAGGCAGACAAUUUCUACCAGACGGUGUGAACACAGGCUGCAGCAUGGAUGAGGUUUUGAAAGACAGGAAAACAACAAAAAUCUGCUCUUUAAAGUAAACUAGAAUUUGUGCACUUGCUUAGUGGGUUGUAUCAGACUGUGACUUGGUGUCUGGCACUAAGGUCUUGACUGGGACGGGCUCUGUCUACAGCAUUGUGCAGAACAAGCAUUCCCACCUGGCCUCAAGAUCACUGACCACAUGUUUUCAUAGAACCAAAGUUUUCAAACUUGCUAAAGUAUAUUUGCUUGUAAGAUAGCUGUAGAGACAUUUGGGGGUGGGAACAGAGAGUUUGGUGGGGGAAAUGGGUUGGGAGGGUAGAGUUGGGAAGUAAAAAAAAAAAAACAAACAAACACAAAAAUGGUCAGCUUGGCUCGGGGAGAAAGCCAGUUAAAAAAAAUAAAAGCAAUUCAUGGCCCAGAGAAAAAAAAAUUUUCCUGUUGCUCUGAAGACUGUGUUGGUUGCUGCAAAGCUCGGGCCUGAAUGAGCAGGAACACAAAAGGCCUUGCAAUCCAGCUGCCAUACCACCAGACAAGCGCAUCAGAACUCUUGAUAGCCAUCCCAGGUCUAAAGCCACAAGUUUCUCUUCUAUACAGUCACAGCUGCAGUAGGCAGUGAGGAAGCCAGGGAGACGCAUAGCAACGUUUCUCGAAAGCAGGUUAUUGAGGAUGUGUACAGUUACUCUUUUACUGCUUCUGUUUUCUUCCGUGCCAAUCAGCCAGUUCCUAGUAGAGACAGCAGAUGGGUAGGAACAAGGUCACGUCUUGACCUGAGCACUGGAGCGUUUCUUACCAAGGGGCAGGAAGGAGGGCAAGGGUGAAGGACACCAGGCAUUUCCAGGGGCUAUACAUCAAUGUUUGUUGUUGUUUUCUUCUGUUAUAUCGUUGGUUGUUCAUAGUUUUGUUGAAGCUCUAGCUUAAGAAACUUUAAAAAAAAAAAAAAAAGACUGUUUGGGAUUUUUCUUUCCUUAUUAUAUACUGAUUCUACAAAAUAGAAACUACUUCAUUUUAAUUGUAUUAUUCAAGCACCUUUGUUGAAGCUCAAAAAAAAAGAUGCCUCUUUAAACUUUAGCAAUUAUAGGAAUAUUUAUGUAACUAUCUUAUGCUUCAAAAACAAGAGUAUUUGUGUGCAUGUGUAUAUAAUAUAUAUACAUAUAUAUUUAUACACAUACAAUUUAUGUUUUCCUGUUGAAUGUAUUUUUAUGAGAUUUUAACCAGAACAAAGGCAGAUAAACAGGCAUUCCAUAGCAAUGCUUCUGAUCACUUAGGGAUUUUUGAAUAACACAGUCUCAUUUACCUACAGUUUAAUUGGAAAGGAAAGUGUGUAUGUGUGAUGUGUGUGUGUGUGUGUGUGUGUGGUGUGUGUGUACAUACUUUGAGCAACCAGCAUUUCACCUGCUAUGGAAAGGAUAUUCCUUUAUUAAAAUUUUUCUUCUUCAUUUGAAUUUGCUUUCACUUGGUUUCCAAUUCACUCACUGGCCAGAGACACUGAUGGCAGUUUUCUAUCUGCAUCACUAAUCAGCUCCUGGAUUUUUUUUUUUUUUUCAAACAACUGUUUGAAACAACUACUGGAAUAUUGUCCACAAUAAGCUGGAAGUUUGUUGUAGUUUGCCUCAGAUGUAACUGACUGUAUACUAUAGUGUUAACUUUUCAAACAGCUCUUAGCACUUUUAUACUAAUGACCCAGUUGUGCAUUGACUUUCCUUUUAAAAAUGCUUGUUGUGAAAGACACGGAUACCCAGUAUGCUUAAUGUGAAAAGAAAAUAUGUUCUGUUUUGUAAAGGAACUUUCAAGUAUUGUUGUAAAUACUUGGACAGAGGUUGCUGAACUUAAAAAAAUUAAUUUAUUAUUAUAAUGACCUAAUUUAUUAAUCUGAAGAUUAACCAUUUUUUGUCUUAGAAUAUCAAAAAGAAAAAGGUGUUCUAGCUGUUUGCAUCAAAGGAAAAAGAUUUAUUAUCAAGGGGCAAUAUUUUUAUCUAUUUCCAAAAUAAAUUUGUUAAUGCUAUGUUACUAAAAUAGACUUACAUCAGCCUGAUUAGUAUAAAAUUUUGUUGACAAUUUAUCCAUUCCUGGCAUAAGAAAAAAGUACUUUAUCAAAAAAUUGUAAAUGCUUGCUUUUUUGUUUUUUCAAUCAUGGCCAUAUGAAAAUACUAACAGGAUAUAGGACAAGGUGUAAAUUUUUUUUAUUAUUAUUUUAAAGAUAUGAUUUAUCCUGAGUGCUGUAUCUAUUACUCUUUUACUUUGGUUCCUGUUGUGCUCUUGUAAAAGAAAAACAAAUAUAAUUUCCUGAAGAAUAAACCGGGCAUAUAGCACUUGGAGUGCACCAGA